GAAAUGUCAAUGUGGUAGAUGAAAGUUUUUUCGAUUCAAUUUUAUUUUUCGCUGAUUUGUUUACCAUGAAUGCAGCAACGUCUCGGGAAGUUUUGCAAUUGUAUCGAAAAUUGCUGCGUUACGGCCAAGAAUUGAAGUUUACUGAUCAGACUUACUUUAGAAAACGUAUACGCAAAGAGUUCAGACUGAACAAAGACUUGCAAUCAAGCGCUGACAUCGAGUUUAACAUUAAGAAAGGUGAAGCGCUACUGGAGAGAAAAAGAGUCGUAUAAAUGAUUCGCACUUUGAUUCAUACGUUUCAUCAUCAAUUACCGAAGCAACUCAAGAGCAUUUCAUCUCUACCCGUCGUUCAACGUGCUUAUCGAACCUCCGUUGUCCUUAACAGUAAGAAGACCAUCGACUAUUCUCGCGUUCCGGUUCUGGAUGAAAAUGAUUUGGAAGAGCAAAUGGUUCGUGGCAGUGGUCCCGGUGGCCAAGCAGUAAAUAAAACUAACAAUUGCGUUGUUUUAAAACACAAACCAACGGGAUUUAUUGUGAAAUGCCAUUUACAUCGGAUGGCAACCUCGAAUCGAAAAGAAGCCCGUAGAUUGUUGGUCACGCGAUUAGAUGAACAUAUUAAUGGCGAAUUAUCAGUAGAAAAUCAAAUGAAAAAAUUAGAGAUGAAAAAGACUUCUGAAAGCACACGGAAACGGAAAAUACUCGAUGAAAUGAAGAAAAAAUGGAAGGAACAUGAGAAUGCGGAAUGAUUUUUUCAGAAACUGAAACUUCGCUGUGUUUUUUUUGAAAUAUUCAAUAAAGGCUUUAGCUUAUUUUAUUAAU